AUGAUUGAUCUGACUCCUCUGCAAGAAGAAUUAUCCCAACCAGAUGAGAAACUAGAAGAAACCAAGUUAGAGAAACAUGAACUAACAAAUGAAGAAGUUAAAGAAGUUUCAUCUGCAUCACUUCCAAAGGAACUGGAAGGUGAGACCGUUGUUAAAGCCAAGAAGAUUGAAAACGAAGAACCAGCAGCAGUAGACAAUAUCCAGAAAAGUCUUGAGACUGUUGACUCAGUUGAAUCUCAUAGAUUAAUGCCAUCUUCUUCAGAGGAGACAAAGCAAGAACAUGGGGCUGUUUAUGAAAAGAUAGAAGAAGAAAAAGUGGAGGAAGUAUCGAUGGUCCAAAUAAAAAGUCAUGAGGAAGUUUCUAAGGCUGUCAAGGAGCAGACCAUAGAUGUGGAACCUUCUUUGACUGAAAAUUUCUCUAAAGAUCAGAAUCAGCCGGAGGAACAAGUAGAAGAGGCAUGGUCCAGAGAUGAACAAGAAAAGGGAAUCUCGAGGAACAUGGAAAAAGAAGAAGAAGAGGCCGAGACAAAGACAGAUGAAGAACCGAGGUUGGAUGUGACAGAGAAAAAUGAAUUAGAGACUGCAAAGACAGUUGUAGAAUACAUUGAGAUCGUCAAUAAUGAGGAAGCUUCAGCACAUGAAUCUAAAAUCUUGAAAAGAGAUGAUCAUCAGGGUGAGAAUGCAGAAUUAGUAGAAGCAAUCAAAAACUCAGGAGAAAAUCUCAAGUGA